GCGGAUCGGCUUCUGAACUGGGGCUGAUUUAUUCGUUGGAUUAUUCCUAUUGUUUUUGUAAUUUGACAAUACGAAUUAUCCUCGCAAUGGCCCUCAGUCAGACAAGUGUGCUAAAACUAUACAAUACUGUGAUAGAGGAUGUUAUAUCAGGUGUAAGAGAAUCAUUUAUAGAUGAAGGUGUAGACGAACAAGUACUACAAGAGCUCAAACAAAUAUGGGAAACCAAAUUAAUGUCUAGUAAAGCUGUUGAACUUAAUCCAGAUCCUCCAGAACCUCAGGUUCCUCAAAUAAAUACGCACAAAGCUGUGCCUGUUAACAAAGGAGUAAAUAUAGGAAAUCACUUUGUACAACAAACAGGAGGAAAUUCAGCUCCUCAACAAACAUCACAACAGCAACAGCAACAACCACAACAACAACCUCCUCAACAAACACAAACUCAGACACAAUGCCAUUCAACUACAACUGGUAUACAACAACAUACUGGUACACCAGUACAACAAUUAGUCACAUCAACAUCGGCAGUGAUGGAUCGGCAAGUACCUAUUCAAAUUACACUACCACCACAGACAGGUGUCCCAGAUGCUCCACUGAGAGUUCUAACCAUUCAGGUUCCUGCAUCUGCAAUCCAAGGUAAUCAAUUGCAUACAAUUUUAACGGGUCCAGUUAUUUCUGCUGCAAUGGGGUUGCCAGCAAAUUUGGCUUCCACCUUACUCCAGCAGCAUGUCAAUUCUACACUUCAGGGACAAGCAACAUUGGCUCCACUCCAAGUCAGUCAACCUCUUCAAGUUGUUACACAGGGUGCAAAUAAUGUUUCUCAACGGUCUGUCCAAAAUCAGGGUCAAGCAACACUGGCUCCACUCCAAGUCAGUCAGCCUCUUCAAGUUGUUACACAGAGUGCAAACAGUGUUUCUCAACGGACUGUCCAAAAUCAGAAUAACAUAGCACAAUUAGAUGGUCCACUUGGAGACUCAUCAGAUGAUGAUGAAGAAGAAGAAGAAGAGGAUAAUGAAGAUGAAGAAGAAGAUCUUGAUGAUAAAGAAGAAGAAGAAAAUGAUGAAGCUGCAGCAAGAGAAGAGGAACCAUUGAAUUCAGAAGACGAUGUAACGGAUGAUGAUCCAGCAGAUCUUUUUGAUACUGAUAAUGUUGUUGUCUGUCAAUAUGAUAAGAUAACGAGGAGUAGAAAUAAAUGGAAAUUCUACCUCAAAGAUGGAAUAAUGAACCUGAGCGGUAAGGAUUAUGUUUUUCAGAAAAUGAAUGGUGAUGCGGAAUGGUAAAUAAUAUAUGAAACUAUGCAAAUUGAUCUGGUAAUGU